AUGGAACGCGGUGCGCCCGAGUACUCGCAGUCAGGUUUGCCUUCGCCCUACCCAAGCAACUACGGCGACACCCGUUCUGAGGCCUCAUCUGCAGAUCACGCGUCUGCUGCGCAAUACGCGACACAGCAGGAAGUGCGGUCCAACAACUACUCCACGUCGGCCACCCCCACGUCUGAGUACGGUGUCUACCCGCCUUCUGCGCGGUCAAGCUCCUUCCCCGAGCACCUCCAGCGUUCAUACCACCCAGCUAGCAACCACAACGGCAGCAGUGGAGGUAUGGCGCAAACACCAACAAGUCCGUCCAUGCCUAUGCAAGAUGGACGCAACCAUCAGAACCCCCAGCAGGUCAAGUCUGACAGCGAUGUACCUAUAGAUCCCUCAAUCGCAGCCCCCAGCCCGACUGCCUAUACCCACCAACAGUAUUCCCCCUACGGUGCCCCGCCCAGCCAGGACAUGUCACACGGGUAUCAUCCCAGCAACAAUAUGUAUGCGCAGCCCCGUCCAGACUGGGGAGGAUAUGCUGGGCAGGGCGGCCCUAUGACCCCUGGACAUCACGUCUUUCCCCAGACCCCUACUUCCGCGGCCCCUCAGGCACGGCCCAGCCAGGUGUAUUCAUUUGUCCCCAUCCCUGGUGCGCAGCAGCACAAGCGCCCGAGGAGGCGCUAUGAGGAGAUCGAGCGCAUGUAUAAGUGUGGUUGGAACGGCUGCGAAAAGGCUUAUGGCACGCUCAACCAUCUGAACGCGCACGUCACCAUGCAAUCCCAUGGCCAGAAGCGCACUCCUGAAGAAUUCAAGGAAAUCCGCAAGGAAUGGAAGGCCCGCAAGAAGGAGGAGGAGGCUCAGCGCAAGGCCGAGGAGGAGCGCCAGAGGCAGGCGGCAGCUGCUGCGGCCCAGAAUGGCGCACCCGAGGGCCAGCCUGGUGCCGAACAGCCGCCUACCAGCUACGGCGGUAGCCGACCCGUUCAGCUCCCUCCAAUUGGAUACCAACCAAACCAGUAUCCGGCACCCCCAUCUGCGGGCGUCCAGCAGCCGUUGCCUGAAUACAACAGCAACUAUAUGCACAACUAUCCUCCUGCGUCUCCGUACGGACAACCCCCAAACCAGCAGAUGUACAACCAACAUAACGGUGGCCAACCCAGUCACUAG